AUGCCAAUUUCUUUCUUUCUUUCUUUCUUUCUUUCUUUCUUUCUUUCCUUCUUUCUUCCUUCCUUCCUUUCUUUCUUUCCUUCUUUCUUUCUACCUUGCUCAUCUGUUCGUAUCUAUCUAUCUAUCUAUCUAUCUAUCUAUCUAUCUAUCUAUCUCAGUCUGUUCAUAUCUAUCUCAGACUUUUCAUCUUUAACUCAUCAUGUUCUAUCUAUCUAUCUAUCUAUCUAUCUAUCUAUCUAUCUAUCUAUCUAUCUAUCUAUCUCAUCUGUUCAUAUCUCAGACUUUUCAUCUUUAACUCAUCAUGAUCUAUCUAUCUAUCUAUCUAUCUAUCUAUCUAUCUAUCUAUCUAAUCCUACGUUUUCUAUUUGGGCUGUUGAUGGUGUCACGAAAUUACCACGGUUAAAUAACUUCUUUCUUAGUAGUUUGACUUUCUUUUUUUCUUUUCUUUUUGCCUUCUAA